AAAGAAUACUCUCCGUCUCAUUUUGAUGACGUUUACAAUUUCAAUUUACUGAGGUACUGCUCCUGGUUUCGUAGAAGCAAUUAUUAAAAUCAAAAAAAGACACUUCAAACAGGCUGGGAUCUUGGAUGGAGUGAUUGUUGAGCCCCAGUGAGAUGACUGACCAGGGCAACAACAACCAAAACAUCUCCUGCAACCCCUUCGCGGCUCUCUUCAGCUCACUGGCUGAUGCUAAGCAGUUUGCAUCAGGCCAGAAAUCAGAACAACUGUCUGCAGAACCACCAUUGGAGGACUCAGGAGAGAGCCAGUCAGAGUCAGAAAACUCUGUGUCAGACAGCGUUGAUGACAAUGACGACUCAGUGGCAGAGAUCAGCCGCUCUUUCCGCUCCCGGCAGGAGCUGUGCGAACAGCUCAAUGUCAAUCACAUGAUCCAGCGUAUAUUUCUCAUGACUCUGGACAACAGUGACCCCAGUCUGAGAGGAGGUAAUGGGAUCCCUCCUCGUUGUGUUUACCUGGAAGAGAUGGCUGCAGAUCUGGAUGGACAGGACUGGCUGGACAUGGACAACAUAGAACAGGCUCUGUUUAACCGUCUGCUGCUGCCAGAGCCAGGAAACCUCCUCAUCUACAUGACGUCAUGCAGCGCUGUUAACCUGUCUGCUGACCGUGAUGCUGGAGAGAAGUGUGCAAUCCCUUACCUUUUUGCUUGUUACCAAAGGGCCAAAGAAGAGGUGACAAAGGUACCAGAGAAAUUACUGCCCUUUGCUCUCCGCUGUAAGAACCUGACAGUUUCUAACACACGGACAGUUCUGCUCACCCCGGAGAUCUACAUCAGCCAGAAUGUCUACGAACAGCUUCUUGACCUUCUGCUGGAAGCUUUCAGCAGAGCACAACCAGAGGAGGUGAUAGAGUUUGUGGAAGAAGUCAUUGCUGGCCUACUCUCCGACCAGGAGGUGCGUACCUUCGCGGAGGUGAUAGUGCCAGUGUUUGAUAUCUUCCAGGGACGCAUCAAAGAUUUGGACCUGUGCCAGCCUCUCCUCUACUUCUACCUAGAAGUUCUGCUCUAUUUCAGCCACAAUAAAGAGACUGCCAAGGUAUUGGUAGAACACAUUCAGCCCAAAGACCCAGCUAAUGGUUUACAGUACCAGAAGAGCCUACUGGGGGCAGUGUUGAGUAUCUCCUGCUUAUUAAAAAACCCAGGUGUGGUGGAGGGACAUCGCUACUUCCUGAACCCCUCCCGCUCCAGUGCCCAGGAGACAAAGGUCCAGGAGGCCAACAUCCACCAGUUUAUGGGCCAGUUUCAUGACAAGUUGCACCAGAUCUUUAAAAACCUGCUCCAGCGAUCUGGUGAGACACGCCACUUGCUGCUCUCGUGGUUGGGCAGCUGUCUGCAGGCUAACGCCGGCCGGGCCAAGAUCUGGGCCAAUCAGAUGCCAGAGAUCUUCCAGAUGUAUGCGUCAGAUGCGUUCUUCUUAAACUUGGGUGCAGCGCUGCUGAAGCUGUGCCAGCCCUUUUGCAGGCCUCGGUCGCCCAAACUGCUCACUUUCAACCCUACCUACUGCUCCCUUAAAGAGCUGAGCGAAGAGGAGAGGCGCAAUCGCAAUGUGCACGCAAGAGGUCUCGACAAGGAAACCUGUCUGAUCCCUCUGCCCCCUCAGCAGGCGGUGGAGUCUGCGCAGUCCUACAGCUUGCUGACUGAAAACCUUGUCCUCACACAACUCACCCUGCAUCUUGGCUUCCAUAGACUCCAUGAGCAGAUGGUGAAGAUGAACCAGAGUCUCCACCGGCUCCAGGUGACGUGGCAGGAGGCCCAGCGAACAGGCAACCCAAUGUCGGAGCAGCUCCUGGAGCAGUUUGAGCGUCUAAUGAUUGUUUAUCUGUCAACCAAAGCUGCCACUACGCAGCCUGCCAUGCUGCAAUGCUGCCUUAACCUCCAAGCUUCCACAGGUGCUCUGCUGGUUCAGCUUGGCAUGGGAAACCAGGGGCCUGAACAUGUAGCACUCAGUUUUCCCCUGCCCCCCCUACAGAAUAAUAUGCUCUGCUAUGUACCAGAGUUUUUUGCGGAGAUCAUGGGAGAUUUUUUCAUCUUCCUGCGUCGAUUUGCAGACGAUGUUUUGGAGACGUCUGCAGAAAGUCUGGAGCAGAUUCUUAACUUCAUCACUGUCUUCAUGGGUAACGUAGAGAGGAUGAAGAACCCUCAUUUGAGAGCAAAGCUAGCAGAGGUCUUAGAGGCAGUGAUGCCCCACAUGGAGCCGGUGGCUCCUGGCGCUGUUCAGCCAAUCGUGUUCCAGCGAGAGAGAGUCUUCUGCUCCUAUAGACAUGCACCUCAGCUGGCCGAGGCCCUCAUCACUGUUUUUGUCGACAUCGAAUUCACAGGUGAUCCUCAUCAGUUUGAACAGAAAUUCAACUACAGAAGACCCAUGUAUCCCAUCCUCAAGUACAUGUGGGGCAAAGAGAACUAUAGAGAGAGUGUCAAGCAUUUGGCGAACUAUGCAUCUGAGAACCUGGAGGCCAUGAACCCCCCUCUGUUCCUCAGGUUCCUCAACUUACUGAUGAACGAUGCCAUCUUCCUACUAGAUGAGGCCAUUCAGUACCUGAGUAAAAUCAAGAUUCUGCAGCUGGAGCGGGAUCGAGGCGAGUGGGAAGGCCUGGCCCCCGAUGCCCGAAGAGAGAAGGAGUCAAGCCUGCAGAUGUUGGGACAGCUGGGCCGCUUCCACAACAUCAUGUCUAAUGAGACCAUCGGCACACUGGCCUUCCUCACCUCAGAGAUCAGGGGGAUCUUUGUGCACCCCUUCCUUGCUGAGAGGAUCAUCUCCAUGCUGAACUACUUCCUGCAGCACCUUGUGGGUCCUAAGAUGGGCGCCCUUAAAGUCAAGGACUUCAGUGAGUUUGACUUCAAGCCCCAGCAGCUUGUUUCUGACAUCUGCACCAUCUACCUGAAUCUGGGUGAUGAGGAGAAUUUUUGUGCUACAGUUCCAAAGGAUGGACGAUCGUACUCUCCUACCCUCUUCUCCCAAACAGUUAGGGUACUGAAGAAGAUAAACAAGCCUGGGGACAUGAUUGUGGCUUUUGGACUUCUUGCUGACAAAAUAAAGUCCCAUGCAGACAGGCAGCAGCAGGAAGAGGAGACGUACUCCGAUGCCCCAGAUGAGUUCUUGGAUCCCAUCAUGUCCACUCUGAUGCUGGAUCCUGUUCUCCUCCCUUCUUCCAAUGUCACAGUUGACCGCUCAACUAUAGCAAGGCAUCUCCUCAGUGACCAGACAGACCCUUUCAACCGCAGUCCUCUAACCAUGGACCAGAUCAGGCCAAACGAGGAACUCAAACAGCAGAUCUUGCAGUGGCUGGAUAAGCAUAAGCAGGAGAGGCUGCAGCUGGGACCCAGUGGCUAGCCGUGAUCCCUCGCUACGAUAAACAUUGACUGCAUCGUUGUUUUCUCUCUUGGCUCACAUUUUGCGUGCUCCUGUGCUUCUUGGCUAAUCCAUGGUGUGCUUGCCUCUGUGGAUUUCCUCUGACUUCUCCGGUCCGACUAACAUUGCAUUAGCCUUUUCACGCAGACUUUGUGCUCUGUGGAUUCUCUCUGCGCCAAAAGUCCAGGCAAACUGUAGCCCACCGGCUGGUGACAACUUCAAAAUCCAUGCACAGUAGCUAUUUGACUCCCAUGAUGCCCUACAUUAACAAUAGUAGGGUGAUUCAACCUCUGGUUCCUCUCUCCCUGAAUACUAUGUAUUAAUUGGUUAUUUUUGGUUAUUAUUACAAUCGGAACUCUGGCCAGACGUUAUCAGUUUCAACAUGACUUGUUGAAUCUAUUAUACGAACUCUUCACUGACCAGGUUUUAUACUGCAAGGUAAGUAUUUCUGGGAACUCUUAAGGCAGAACAUGGAUGGAAUUGUUUAUGAUUUGACCUUGAUUUCACAUUAAGCUCUGCCUUUUAAAGAUCUUAAACACCCUAUAUUUUAAUGCUUUUGGUUGAAUCUCAAGCAGAAUUGUAAAUAAAAUUAGCAAUUCAGUCAGGCAUAGCUCAAACUGAAUUUAAUUGUGUGUGACUUUAUUUUAUUGGAAAUAAUCUAGAUUUACUUGGAGAUGCUCAAAAUCUUUUUCACUGUAAUAAUACACCUGUAGCACAAAACCAUACUGUGAAAUCUGCAUUUGAACAUGUAUAGAUAAAUCUGUGAUUCAAGUGCACCUGCCUUUAAUGAAGCACUAAAUAAAGACCCUGUUAGGAUCUGAGAGCUUGCUAAUUAAUAGGUUGUUGGAUAUAAGGAUUUAAAGUGCUUCAGUCACUAUACAAUAUUUACACAAAUUUGAAGCAUAUUUUGGGAUGUAGUACACAUUCACACACACAUGUAAAAUUAAGUCUACCUAAAAAUGCCAGAAUGCAUACUAAAAUUAUUGUUAAGCGUGCCAUUGAUAGACACUUAUUGCAAUGCAGAGUGAAAUUGGAGAGGAGCUGCUCACUGCAGUUACCAAUCAAUACGUAUUCACAGUGGGCAAAAGCAGACUCUCUUGAAAAGCAAACAAAGAAAUAAUGUAGUAAUAAAGUGUUAAAUCCUUGGGAAAACAUUUAACAAUUUGUCUCAAUGGAAAAAUGUAAAAUUGUCCCAGAUUUGAGAAAGCUCCCUUCAGAGCUAAUGAUCAACUCUUUUUCACCAGCUGAGUAGUACUCCUAAUGUCAAGUAAGUUGAUCCCUGUGUGUAAAAUCUGUGAAUUGCCCCUUUAAGACACUCAGUAGGGAUCAAGGGCAGCAGGUGACUGGUCCUGACACAAAAAGGCAAGAAGAUACUAUUAAAAGGCUGUUUUUGAUUUUGCAAACUGGAAAAACACAGUGGCUGUUGUGAAAAAAGUCUGACUGAAUAAUGGGUAAAAAAUACGCCAUGCUUCAUAAUAUAUCUACAAUGCCUAGUUUUAAUAAAAAUGUAGUGGUGAAAACAUUAUUUUGCUAAAUGAAUUGUGGCUUGGUUAUCUCCAAUAACAUUAAAAAUCACAAUAUCAUGUCUAUUCAUAUAAACUCCUCAUAUGACCCUUUUUCUUGAGAUUGAACCAAAACAAAUGCCAAAAUAUACAACCAUUUUUGCGCGGCAGUGUAUAUAAUAAUUUUUGUCAUCCUUUGAAUUAACAUCCAUCCAUCCAUUUGAAUAACUAUCCUGUAUCUGGAGUUUUUGCAUAGUGAAUUAACGUGGGCAAACAGUUGAUCAAUAGAAUCGGUGCCUAAAACCAAGAGCCUUGCAGUAAAUGUCAGCGAAUGAGGAUCUGACUUGUUUCAUACUCUUAAGAGACAUAAUUAUGAGUUUGUUUCUUUAGGGCAUACAGGGAGCUGUGGGUAGAAUAGAAGGAAAAAGAUGACCAGUUUUUUGAGUAGCUUUUUGAAUUAAUUUAAUUCAGAAUCACGUGUGGUUGUACAACAUGGCAAAAUGUGAGAGAUGAUGUAUUUGUUGGCAUGCCCGCAUACUGUAUGUUGAAUAUCUACCACCUGAAUGAUUAGAUGGGGUUAAAUUAUAAUGCAAUAUUUUUAUUUUAAUUGUGAUUAUAAAAUGUUUAUUUUGGAUGUACAGUAUGAUUAAGAAAUAAAACAAAUGUGCGUUAUAUAAGA